GCGAGUGAAGUAAAGUCUUCGCUUAGGGCGGCUCGUGCCUUCGGUGUUUAAUCUCCUCAGAUACCUCAGAAUUUAAAAGCUGGAAUUUUACGUUCACCCUGUUUAUUAAGUGCGUGAAAAUGUAUGAGUCAGAGGGGGAUGUCGGUCAGCAUUGCCUGUAUUUCUUGAACUGUUUUAGAAACAGGCUUAAUAAAAUAAUUCAGGUGGAACCCGUGCUGGACUUUAUGCCUGAUUUAAGCAACGAUGACAAAGAAGAAAUUAGAACCAAAGCUAACACACUAGGUAACAGGGAGGCUGUGGAGUUACUAAUAUCAAAAGUAGAAAAGAGUCCUCGUUCUUCUGAGCUGGUUCGGAUGUUGAUUCAGGCGUUGAACCUGUCGGGUUACGGACGUGCUGCUGCCUAUUUAAAGGGGGAUUCAAAAGAGAUGCCAACUGCUUCUAUAGAAGCAGAAGAGGACAUCUACUUGCAGCUUGUGAACAUAUUUACCCCUGAGCUGGUCCGUGAUAUAAAACCAUUUGAAGUGUCACUUUGGUGCCUGCAAAACGGGUUGUUUAACUUCGAUGAUAUGGCAGUAAUUGAUGCUGCAAGGACAGGAAAAAGUGAAAUAGAAGGCUCACGAGUACUGCUGACAAGAGUUGUUCGGAAACCAAAUUGGUUUUCCCAGUUUUUGGUGGCUCUUCGCAAUGCUGCACAUGAACACCUUGCUGAUUUGUUAAUAGGGGAAGGAGAAUUUGAGACAGAACCCGAACGUGUAAAAGCUAAAGCUUUGGAUCAGGAAAAUCCAGUAGAAGAGAAUGAAGCACAAAGUGAAGCCACAAAUAUUCCAGCAUGUGUAGAUGGGCAGAAUACUGUAGGAAAUCUCUCUCUGACUGAUCAACUUCCAGACCAGAACGUGGAAAAUCCUAAUGAUGAGGCUGCUGCAGAAAGCAGUGAUAGCCUGGAAAAUGAUAGUGAGAUUUCUUGUUCUUGUCUUGGAGCAGAGGCAUCAGUUAAUACAGAUACUGACACAAGUCUAAAUUUGACUUGCAAUUCCAGCCUAAAUGACAGUAUUGAGAACUGUGAGUCAGAUUCUGAAGACACCCUCAGUCCCCAAGAAAGGGCUUCUCCUGAACCUGAAAUAAAAUUGCGUGACUAUCAGAUGGAAGUGGCAAAGCCAGCUUUAGAGGGGAAAAAUAUUAUUGUUUGCCUCCCAACUGGAAGUGGCAAAACUCGGGUGGCUGUCUAUAUUACUAAAGAACACCUCAGCAAGCAAAGAGAUGAUGGAAAAUGUAGGAAAGUAGUUGUGCUUGUUAACAAGGUACCACUGGUUGAACAGCAUUAUCGCAAAGAAUUUCAUCCAUUUUUAAAAAAGUAUAAUGUCACUAGACUAAGUGGUGAUACACAGCUGAAGAUCUCUUUCCCUGAAGUAGUCAAAAAGAACAAUGUCAUUAUCUGUACUGCUCAGAUUCUUGAAAAUGCUCUUUUAACAUCAGCAGAAGAGAAGGAUGAAGAUGGAGUCACCUUGUCAGAUUUUUCUUUGCUUAUUAUUGACGAGUGUCAUCAUACUCAAAAAGGAGCUGUCUAUAACAACAUAAUGACUCGUUAUUUGUGUCAGAAGACCGAAAAUCAGAAAUUAAAGAAAGCUGGUAAGACGCCUUUACAUAUUCCUCAGAUCCUUGGGCUAACAGCCUCUCCUGGAGUUGGAGGUGCAAAGAACCAGAAGAAAGCAGAAGAGCACAUUCUAAAGAUCUGUGCCAGCCUUGAUGCUUACAAGAUAAUGACAGUGAGAGAAUACCUUCAACAACUAAAAAAUCAAGUAAAGGAGCCAUCUAAAAAUGUUGAAAUUGCAGAAGAAAGGACAGAGGAUCCAUUUGGAGAUAAAAUUAAAUAUAUUAUGAGAGAAAUCCAGAACUACUGUGAACAGAAUCCCAUAUCAGAACCUGGAACUCAACCGUAUGAGCAGUGGGUUGUCCAAAAGGAAAAGACAGCUGCUAAAGAAGGAAAUCGAAAGGUUCAAGUAUGUGCAGAACAUUUACGAAAAUACAAUGAUGCACUACAGAUUAGUGAUACUAUUCGAAUGAUUGAUGCAUACAAUCAGCUGAAGAACUUCUAUGCUGAUGAAAUGGAAAAGAAAACAAAAGGCAUUAAGGAUAAGUCUGCGUUACAGCAAAACCUUGAUGAAACUGAUAAUACUCUGUUGCAGUUAUUUCUUGACAAUCAACAGGAGCUUGAGGAUGUGGCUGCCAAGCCUGAAUAUGAAAAUAAUAAGCUGACAAAACUGAGGAGAACAAUUCUUGAAGAGUUUACCAAAAAGGAAGAGGCAAGAGGAAUCAUCUUCACAAAGACUCGACAGAGUGCAGUUGCUUUAUAUCAAUGGAUUCAUGAUGAUGUUAAGUUCAGUCAAGGGGGAGUAAAGGCUCAUUAUUUGAUUGGGGCUGGCCAUAACAGUGCAUUUAAACCAAUGACACAGAACGAACAACGUGAAGUACUCAGUAAGUUUCGCACUGGAGAAAUCAAUUUACUUAUCGCAACGACUGUAGCGGAAGAAGGUUUGGAUAUCAAAGAAUGCAAUAUUGUUAUACGAUAUGGUCUUGUAACCAAUGAAAUUGCAAUGUUACAGGCUCGUGGACGAGCUAGAGCUGAUAAAAGCACAUAUGCAUUAGUUGCACAGGAAGGAUCAGGAGUGGAUGAACGUGAGUCUGUCAAUGACUUCCGUGAGAAAAUGAUGUAUAAGGCUAUUCAGAAAGUACAGGACAUGCCAGAGAAUUACUAUUUAAGUGAGAUUCAAAGUUUUCAAAUGCAGAUCAUUAUGGAGAAGAAAAUGAAACAGAAGAAGAAUUUGAAAAAGCAGAUUAAAGGAGAUGCUUCAAUGGUAGAAUUCAGCUGCAGGACAUGUAACAAGUUUGUGUGUUAUGGAAGUGAUAUUCAAGUAAUUGAAAACAUGCAUCACGUUAAUGUAUCAAAACAAUUCAAGAUCUGUUAUCAGAUAAGGGAAAAUAAAGCUCUGCAAGAGAAGUCUUUGGAUUAUCAAACUAAUGGAGAGAUUGCAUGCAAAGAGUGUGGUAGGACAUGGGGGUCAAUGAUGGUGUAUCGAGGCUUGGAUUUGCCUUGCUUAAAAAUUAAAAAUUUCACUGUUCGUUUGAGUACAAAAGACAAGAAUGGCCCAAAGAAUCCUUAUUUACAUAAACAAUGGAGUGAACUGCCAAUUAGGUUUCCUAAUUUUGUUUACCAUCUGAGUGAUGAUGACGAUGAUGACAGCAAUGAUGAAGCUUAACUUCUGGGAUUUUUCAACCAGUGUCUGCGGAAAUAUGUACAGGAUUUCUUAACAUUUGUGUGGCAUACAGCUGAACUACUAUUUGUAAAUACUAUAGUAAGAUAUGAUGAAAUUAGUUUUCUGAAGUCCUAGAGCUAAAUUCAUAAUCUAUAAUAUGCAAAGUUCUUUAUUUUAACCUUUGAAAACUGAAUUUGCAGAAAUAUUUUAAAAUAUGUAGCAUUCAUUUAAAUAUACUUUCUUGAAAACUGAUCACCAGUGCUGUAUGCCCUGCUUUGAAAUUGUGUCAGAAAAAAAUACUAUUUUGGUGAGAGGUGAGAACAGUAGGCCAAGUCAUUAAAUCAUGCCUUGCUCCUGGAUUUCCACCUGAAAAGAGAUAUUUGUGCUUAGUUGAGCACACAUAGCAGCAUGAAAAAAGUUUGUUUAAUGUGUUUUCAUUCCUACUGCAACUUAGAAAGUAUUAUACAGUUUAUUUUUUGCUACUGUAGAUAGGCAGCAAGGGAUUUUUUUCUUAAAGUAUAUCUGUACAAAAUAAACUAGACUACUUUAUCCUGUUUAGGAGGGUCCUUCCAUUGUUCACCAGUUUAUGUAUUCUUUCUAAGUGUGAAGCCUACAUGAUUUGCCUUUGAGGCUAUCAUACUUUUGGACCAAGUUUGUCAUGGCUAAAAUAAGUACACAGAUAAUGAGUUCUUAUACUUAGUUAGCAAACAGGUACAAUAAAGUACAAACAUGAUUA